AGGUGGCAGCGGCUGCGGUGGCGGAGCCGGCGCUUCGGCGGAACCCUGGGGUCUGUUCUCCCCUUCGCGUCCUUCCCCACAACCCUGCAAGGGGUUGUCGCUCGAUAGGAGCGACCCCAGCUCCGGUCCCAGCUCCACGUCCUCGCCCCCCGGAGCUCCCCGGGACCGGGCAUACCCCGGCCGGCGGCCGCCCCUUACAUUGGCCCGCCGUCUCCCCCGGCCCGGCCGCAGGGGCCUCCCCUUGGCCGGCCCCCGGGGUGUCCCUGGGUGUCCGCCGCCCGGUUGAGCCUGAGAGCGGGGUCUUUGCCCUCUCCCCACGUCGCCCGAACGGAGCCUCCCUGUCCCACUUCCUCUGACAGCCCGUGACGCAGCCAGUUCUUAUUUCUGCUGCGAGACGACCAGUCUCGCUCUGGGCCUCCUUUCUUGGGCCUGAGGCUGGUCAGUAACGGCUGAGAGGGAGACGUGGGGCGGGGAGUUGCCGGGCUUGACACCCGAGCAUCCGUCCGCCCGCGCCAGCUGCUUGUCGUCCUCUCGAUUUGCUUCGGGUGCCUGGGGCCUUGGGAAAAGGCAGUCACCGAAUCGCUCUUGACAACAGCCAGAGUGGCUUGUCACCGGCCUCCUUUCUCUUCUCGGAGGAUGGUGGGCAGCCUCGGGCUCUCAGCACCGGGGAUUCAGAGAAGAAUGCCCUGCCCAGCAGCUCCAUCAGCUUUUGUGCUCCUCUGAGGCUGUCCUCUGUGCUGAGUUACCACAUCCCUCCACCUCAUUAGGUGGGGCAGAACCUCUGUGCGCAGUGCCCGUGGCUCCUGACUGCCGGGAGGAAGGGUUCCUCUGGCGCGAGUGUUUUCUUAACGCGGGUGAAGAGAGUAGGAAGGCCUGGGCUCCAUCUCUGUGACUGCCCAGGGGUCAGCAGCCCCUUCAGUGAGUGAGUGAGAUGUAUGCCCCUCCCAGAUGCUCUUUGGGAAAGGCCUGUGGAGUUAGGUUUCUCUAGCUGGGUGCUGGUGUUUUGAUGGCUAAUGUACUUUUCCCUAACCCCAGCUUUAUCAGUUGCUGCCAUCUCUCUGCUUAGAUACUGUCACCAGAUGUAUGUAGUCCUUCUUUGGGGGUUAGGUUUGGCAGGACUGAGUCUUACUUCUUCCUCUUCUGGACUAGAGGACCCACCAUUAGUGGGUGAAAUUGAUUCUAACAUUUACUACCAUUUGGACUGAGGGUUAGAACCAGCACCUUGACAGCGGAAGACAAGGCAGGAGUUUCUUGGGGAUUCUGGGCCCAGAAGCAAACACAACCUUGUUCUCUCGUUGACCUCACUGGCCCCAGGCUCCCUUGUUGAAAGAGUCUGUUGGUCACUGAUUGAUCCCUGAGGCUGUGCCCUCUGGGGCACACACAUGGCCGGGCCCACCACCAUGCGGCUGAGCUCAGUGUUGGCUCUGCUGCGACCAGCACUGCCCCUCAUCCUAGGGCUGUCUCUGGGGUGCAGCCUGAGCCUCUUGCGAGUGUCCUGGAUCCAGGGGGAGGGAGACAAUCCCUGUGUAGAGGCUCUGGGGGAAGCCGGAGGGUCACAGAGUCUAGACUCAAGAACUCAGCUUGACCAAAGCGACGAAGACUUCAAACCCCGGAUUGUCCCCUACUACAGGGAUCCCAACAAGCCCUACAAGAAGGUGCUCAGGACUCGGUACAUCCAGACGGAGCUGGGCUCUCGCGAGCGGUUGCUGGUGGCUGUCCUGACGUCCCGGGCCACGCUGUCCACUCUGGCUGUGGCUGUGAACCGCACGGUGGCUCACCACUUCCCCCGGUUGCUCUACUUCACUGGGCAGCGAGGGGCCCGGACCCCGGCAGGGAUGCAGGUGGUGUCUCACGGGGACGAACGGCCAGCCUGGCUCAUGUCCGAGACCCUGCGCCAUCUUCACACGCACUUCGGGGCCGACUACGACUGGUUCUUCAUCAUGCAGGACGACACGUACGUGCAGGCCCCCCGCCUGGCGGCCCUGGCCGGCCACCUCAGCAUCAACCAGGACCUGUACCUGGGCCGGGCGGAGGAGUUCAUCGGCGCCAGCGAGCAGGCCCGGUACUGCCACGGGGGCUUUGGCUACCUGUUGUCCCGGAGCCUCCUGCUUCGGCUGCGGCCACAUCUGGAUGGCUGCCGCGGAGACAUUCUCAGUGCCCGACCUGACGAGUGGCUCGGCCGCUGCCUCAUUGACUCUCUGGGCAUCGGCUGUGUCUCCCAACACCAGGGGCAGCAGUAUCGCUCAUUUGAACUGGCCAAAAAUAGGGACCCCGAGACGGAGAGAAGCUUAGCUUUCCUGAGUGCCUUCGCAGUGCACCCUGUCUCCGAGGGAACCCUCAUGUACCGGCUCCACAAGCGCUUCAGUGCUCUGGAGCUGGAGCGGGCCUACAGCGAGAUAGAACAGCUGCAGGCUCAGAUCCGGAACCUGACCGCGCUGACCCCCGAGGGGGAGGCGGGGCUGAGCUGGCCCCUUGGGCUCCCGGCCCCCUUCACACCGCACUCCCGUUUUGAGGUCCUGGGCUGGGACUACUUCACAGAGCAGCACACCUUCUCCUGCGCGGACGGGGCCCCCAAGUGCCCCCUGCAAGGGGCGAGCAGGGCAGACGUGGGUGACGCUGUGGAGACGGCCCUGGAGCAGCUGAACCGGCGCUACCAGCCCCGCCUGCGCUUCCAGAAGCAGCGGCUGCUCAACGGCUACCGGCGCUUCGACCCAGCACGGGGCAUGGAGUACACGCUGGACCUGCUGCUGGAGGCCGUGACGCAGCGGGGGCACCGGCGGGCGCUGGCGCGCAGGGUCAGCCUGCUGCGGCCGCUGAGCCGCGUGGAGAUCCUGCCCAUGCCCUACGUCACCGAGGCCACGCGCGUGCAGCUGGUGCUGCCACUACCGGCCGCCGAGGCCGCCGCGGCCCCCGCGUUCCUGGAGGCCUUUGCGGCUGGGGUCCUGGAGCCCCGAGAGCACGCCUUACUCACCCUGUUGCUGGUCUACGGGCCGCGGGAAGGGGGCCGAGGGGCCCCAGACCCGUUCGUCGGGGUGAAGGCGGCAGCGGCCGAGCUGGAACGACGGUACCCGGGGACGAGGCUGGCCUGGCUCGCCGUGCGAGCGGAGGCGCCUUCCCAGGUGCGGCUCAUGGACGUGGUCUCCAAGAAGCACCCCGUGGACACGCUCUUCUUCCUUGCCACCGUGUGGACCAGGCCAGGGCCCGAGGUCCUCAACCGGUGCCGCAUGAACGCCAUCUCCGGCUGGCAGGCCUUCUUCCCAGUCCACUUCCAGGAGUUCAACCCUGCCCUGGCACCACAGAGACCGCCCUUGGGGGCCGGCCCCGACCCCCCAUCCCCUCCGGGUGCGGACCCUGCCCGGGGGGCUGCCGGAGGGGGCAGGUUUGACCGGCAGGCUUCAGCAGAGGGCUGCUUCUACAAUGCGGACUACCUGGCUGCCCGAGCCCGGCUGGCCGCCGACCUGGCAGGCCAGGAAGAGGAGGAAGCCCUGGAGGGGCUGGAGGUGAUGGAUGUUUUCCUCCGGUUCUCAGGGCUCCACCUUUUCCGGGCCGUGGAGCCAGGGCUGGUGCAGAAGUUCUCCCUGCGGGACUGCAGCCCUAGGCUCAGCGAGGAACUCUACCACCGCUGCCGCCUCAGCAACCUGGAGGGGCUGGGGGCCCGUGCGCAGCUGGCCAUGGCCCUGUUCGAGCAGGAGCAGGCCAACAGCACCUAGUGUGCUCGGGGCCCCGCACCUCCACACACAGCCCCUGCCGGGCCCCGCCUGGGGAGGCAGGCAAGAUGCAUGGACAGAUGGGCGAGCUUGCCGCUGUGUUUUUUUUUUUUAAUAAGAAAAUGUUAUUAAAAGUGUCUUCUGCCAAACUGUUUUUAGGUCUAGGAAAAAUGGGAGUAAGGAGACUCUGAGGGAGGGUGUGGGGAGCUUCCCGGAGGGACCCACUGCCCUUUUCCCGCCCCCCUCAAUCCUCCUCCCGCCCCAGUUGCCAAUGACCACACGGCUGUUAUCAGGUAAAUGACCUUUAAUCCAGCCCCUGCCUCGCCCACAAGGUGUCGGGGGUGACAGCCAGGCCCGCGGGGACGGGCCGGGGCAGGGCCGAGUGGCCCUCUGCGGCACGCUUCCCCCGCGGGCCUAGGUGUUGCGCACGACCAGCGACUGCUCCAGCUCCUGCCUGCG